ACCACACUUUUAAUAAAGUCGAAAGAAAGCCAUGUCUACUGAACAACAGUGUUAUAACUUGGGUUGUGGCAAGAAGUUUGAUCCUGAGAGAAAUAAAGAUGAGAGUUGCAUCUUUCAUCCUGGCCGACCUGUAUUUCAUGAUGCUAUGAAAGGAUGGUCUUGUUGUAGCAAAAGAUCUACAGAUUUCACUACUUGUUUGAGUUUUCCUGGUUGUGCAAAAGGCCGUCAUAGCAAUGUGAAGCCAGAAGAACCAAAAAAAGAAAAAACAGAAAAUGCGAAGGAAAAGAUAGAAGUUAAACAACAAACUCGACCACCACAGGAAACUCGCGUUCCUAUGGAAAGACCAUCACCUGAUGAGGAAUUGAUUGUGCUGAAAGCAGUAGUUGCACAAUCUCUGAAAAGCUCUUGGGAGAAAGAAAAGUCUAAAAGUGAAGGAAGCGAGUCAAAAGAAGAUUCGAAAAGUUGUAAAAAUAACGGGUGUGAUAAGAGCUAUAUUGAUGAAUCAAGUAAUACUGAGAUAUGCAGAUUCCAUCCUGGGGCUCCAAUGUUCCAUGAAGGCCUGAAAUUUUGGACUUGUUGCAAAAAGAGAACAACAGAAUUUUCUGAGUUUCUCAGUCAAAAGGGGUGUCAAGAAGGAAAACACGUUUGGAAAAAAGAAGGGGCAAAAAAAGCUGCUUGUCGAUAUGAUUUUUUUGAAACUGGAUCUAAUAUAACUAUUUCAGUUUACUGUAAAAUGACAGUACCUGAAAAAACUGAAAUUAAAGUAAAUCAAGUUGUCUGUCAUGUAAAGGUGGUCUUUGACAAGGGAGUUUCUCAAUUUGAGCAGAAAUUUAAUCUAAAAGGGAUUAUAAAUCCUGCAAAGAGUAGUGUAAAGUUAAUGGGACCGAAAGUAGAAAUCACUCUCUGCAAAGCCGAGCCAGGAUCUUGGAGUACUUUAGAGCUGCCAAUGAAAGAUAUCUCUCUUGAGGAAGAGAAAGAAUCUUGA